GCUCCAUCCCUCACCAAACCAGCAUCCUGCUGCGGCGACCGAAAAAAAGAACGAUAAUGGUGCCGGCUGGAGCAGUUACGGAGAGCUUGUCCCACCGCUCCAACUGCCGCUGCCACAUUCUCCCAUAGCCGCCCCUCGACUGUCGUGUCUUGUCUGUCGGCCUCUCCUGGCCCCAGUCGCACGUUUGCGCCCCCGACACUCUUUGGCCGCCUCACCCCGAUUUCUUCGCCAGACAAAGGCAAAUAAGCCCACCGCGCUCUUCAGAAGCUCGUCGCGUCCCCUUGCCGCUGUGCGGCACGUCAUCGGUGGCAGAUGAACCCCCAACCGCCCCACGGCAGCGGCUUCGACCGUGAGCGUGAUCGCGACCAUCGCGACCGUGACGCCGAGGAACAGCGUCUUCGCCCCCUCCACCAAGACGAUGCGCCUCACCACGAACGCGAUCGCGAGCUCUCAGAUCGCCAACAGCGCGACAGAGAAUCAUACCAACCCGGACCCCCUCACCACAGUUCUGCAGGCUCUCUGCCCAUACACCAGCCCGUCGCGUCUCGCAUUUCGGGUGUUAUCCACAGCCCUGGCGGUAUCCUAGGCGCUCAUAACGGGGCGCCUUCGUCCAAUAUCGGGCUGGGUCCGCCCUCCGGAGCCCAGGGGUCUGGCUUUGCAGGCCCUUUACACGGCGAGGCAGGUCGCCAGGUCCCACAGCACUCGGGAAGCAACCCCGCGGGCCAGCAGCAUCAGAUGUUUGCGCCCAUCCCUCCGGCACAGGCCCCUUCUGGCGGCCCUGGCGUGGCCGCGGGCAGCCCUGGUGGCGGCGUCUUUGGCGGUCCACUGCAGCCCGAGAACUCCCGGGCCCCUGGCCAAGCACAAUUUUCUCAGGCCGCUCAUGCCAACUCGUCCACAUCGGGUGGCAUUGCCCAGGGCCAGCAGCCCAUUCUCAACGACGCCCUUAGCUACCUCGAUCAGGUAAAAGUCCAGUUUCACGAAAAGCUCGACGUUUACAACAUGUUCUUGGACAUUAUGAAAGACUUCAAGUGCCAGUCAAUCGAUACCCCAGGCGUCAUUAGUCGAGUGUCCGAGCUCUUUGCCGGUCACCCAAACCUCAUCCAAGGGUUCAACACAUUUCUCCCGCCCGGCUACAGGAUAGAGUGUGGCCUGGAAAACAAUCCGAACAGUAUCCGCGUCACGACUCCCUCGGGUUCCACCAUCCACUCGAUUGGCACGGGAAAGGCUACACAGCAGCAUCAGCAACAGCAGCCGCCGCAGCAACCGCAAGUGGACGGCACAACAGGUCCACAUGGUCCGGCCAGCGCCUACGUGGGUCAUGCUCAGCGCCCAGGGAAUUGGCAACCUCUGGUGCACCACAGCAUAGAAAGUCCUGAAGCCCAGUUCAGUGCCCCAACUCAGCCUGGACCAGGAGCCUUCAGCCAGUCAACCGCGCCCGCCGGCCAGUUUGAUGGUCACAGUCCAGCACACCAGCAGCGCGUCGUUAGCCAAGGCCAGCAACCUGCUCCCGCUGUGCCAGGGCCGAGCUCUGUGCCUACCCAGAUGGCUAGGAACGCUCAGACCCCGACCCCCGCCGCACAACAGUCCGGGCUCAAUGGCGCUGCCGGUCAGCAAGCUGGGACCCGAGGGCCGGUCGAGUUUAACCAUGCCAUCAGCUAUGUCAACAAAAUCAAGAACCGUUUUCAGGACAAGCCAGAGAUCUAUAAACAAUUCCUCGAAAUCCUCCAGACGUACCAGCGCGAACAGAAGCCGAUUCAAGACGUAUACGCCCAAGUCACGACGCUCUUCCACACGGCCCCAGACCUGCUGGAGGACUUUAAACAGUUCCUACCCGAGUCCGCGGCCCAGGCGAGAACCGUCGCUGGGCAGCGCCACGCCGACGAUGGCACCCUGCUGAAUCAUCUCACUCAAAUCCCACCACCGAGCCACUCGGCAAGGGACGGCCCUAAAAUGCCGCCUGUGGGCAAUUUCGCCGUGCCCGUCAGUGCGAGCAAGGAGAACAAGAAACGCCCACGGCCCGAGAAGCAGCAGGUGUCUGCCACAACACCCCAGGCGCAGCCUUCGCCAGCUGCGGCAACACUGUCGGCCGUUGGCGCCAUGAACAAGCGGGCAAAGGUGUCGCACAAGCCGGCCGUGGAGGCCCCGUCAAUCGAGCCCUCGCUGACUCCCAUCGCUCCCGAGCCGCUCGCGCCCGAGCCGCCCUCCUCGGUAACCCAGGACAAGGCCUUAGCCAAUCUCGACCGCAUCAAGAAGCACAUUGGCAACAGGACGACACUGCACGAGUUUCUCAAACUCAUAAAUCUAUUCACCCAAGGGCUCAUCGACAAGAACGUUCUGGUUCACAAGGCGCAGCUUAUAAUCGGAGGCAACGUCGAGUUGAUGACCUGGUUCAAGGACUUUGUGCGGUACACUGGCGAUGACGAGCUGGUGGAAAAUAAGCCCGAACCUCCCAGCGGGAGGGUCUCGCUGAGCAACUGCCGUGGAUACGGGCCGAGCUACCGCCUGCUACCGAAGAGGGAACGCCUCAAGCCUUGCAGUGGCCGCGACGAGCUUUGCAACUCGGUCCUGAACGACGAAUGGGCCUCGCAUCCCACUUGGGCGUCGGAAGACUCUGGCUUUGUUGCGCAUCGGAAGAACGCCUUCGAGGAAGGGCUGCACAGGAUCGAGGAGGAGCGCCACGACUACGACUUCUUCAUCGAGGCUAACCAGAAGUGCAUCCAGCUCCUGGAGCCAAUUGCGCAGCAGAUGCUCACCCUGUCACCAGCCGAGAGACAAAACUUCAGAAUGCCCCCCGGUCUAGGCGGCCAGAGCACGUCGAUCUACAAGCGUGUCCUUAAAAAGGUCUACGGAUCGGAGAAGGGUGCGGAGGUUGUUAACGACAUGUUCCAGCACCCAUUCACCGUUGUUCCCAUCGUCAUGGCUCGUCUCAAACAGAAGGAUGAGGAGUGGCGGUUCAGCCAGCGCGAGUGGGAGAAGGUGUGGCAGAGCCAGACCAAGACGAUGCAUCUGAAGAGCCUCGACCAUCAGGGGAUCCAAGUCAAGUCCAACGACAAGCGCAACUUCUCGGCUAAGCACCUCGUUGAUCUAAUCAAGACCAAGCACGAAGAGCAGAAGCGCCUGCGGAUCAACAAAGGCAAAGCCCCCAGGUAUCAGUAUCUCUGGUCCUUCGCAGACCAGGGAGUGCUCCUGGACCUCAUUCGGUUUAUGGUGCUGUAUGCCAUGAACAGCGGGCAGCACGGGGCAUCGGAAAAGGACCGCAUCUUGGAAUUUUUCGAGACCUCCAUCCCGCAGUUCUUUGGGAUCCACCCCGAUCAGGUCCGCCAACACCUCAUUGACAUUGAUCGCGACGCGGGCGAGGAGGAGGCCGACGACAGCGCGCCCGCGGAGCUUUCCAACGGCCGCAGUCGCCGUAACGGCAAGAAGUCGGAUCUACUCCGCGGUCUCCUAGACCCAGGCCGAAACGGUAGCAAAACCCGGAGCCACAACGAGGAUAGCGCCGCCUCUGCUAGCAAGGAGACGACGCCCGAUGUGGGCUCGGCCAACGAGGAGGAUGCGGCCGAUGCACCAGAGGAUGGUGCAGGGGCGGACAUUGCCAAUGACCGCUGGCUCCCGACGGUGCCCGGACCAGUGGUCGUCUCGGGCAAAAAUCCCGUUCCCGGGCUGGACGCCGAGCUGAAGGCAGACUGCUUCUUCCCGCGGCCCUGGUACAACUUCUUUUGCAACCAGACAAUCUUUGUCUUCUUCAGCGUGUUCCAGACGCUGUACCAGCGGCUAAAGCAGGUCAAGGAGAGCAAAAACAGCGUCCUCGAGGAGAUCAGACGGGAGAAGGCCGACAAGCCAGCUCAGCAACUCGGUCUCGUGCAUGAUGAGAUGAACUACUUUGAGGAUAACUCCGAUACCUUCUGGCCACGCACCGUGGAACUCAUCGAGGACUACAUCACGGGAGAGAUUGACGAGAGCAAGUACCAGGAUGUUUUGCGUCACUACUACCUCAAGAGCGGAUGGACGCUUUACACCAUUCAGGACCUACUCAAGACGCUUUGUCGGCAGGCCCUUGUCUGCAACAACUCGGACUCCAAGGAGAAGACACCAGACCUCGUGCACCAGUUCCUAGUCGCCCGAAGCCAGGAGGAGACGAGCUACCAGACUGAGAUCAGCGCCCGCAAGUUUGCUGAGAAGUGCAUCAAGGACGGAGAAAUGUUCCUGAUUACCUGGGCACCAACAAGCAACGAGGCCAGCGUACGGUGGCUCCAAAAGGAUGACACCACGUUCCACGUGGAUGAAAUGGAGCCCGCAGAGCGCUGGAAGUACUACAUCUCGUCGUACAUGCGCGUCGAGUCCACCGAAGGAGUACCCCGGUCCCGCCUCCAGAAGUCUCUUCUGACCCGUAACCUACCGUCCAACGACGCCGACUCGGACGACGGUCAGAUGCCCAAGCCCAUCGCGUUCCACGAAGGCCUCACCCUCCGGAUAUGUCUCAACUCGUCAAAAAUCGUCUACGAGAAGAACACGUCGGAGUACUUUGUCUACAACACGAUGCCAUCGGCCGAGGACGAGCGGGCGAAACGACAGGAAAGGGCCGCCUUUGAUGCGGAGCGGCGGGCACAGCUGUUCCGAGAAAAAAUGAUCAUGAACAAUGCCUGGAUGAAGGACAUGAGCCAGGACGAGGUGCAGGGGAUCAACGAGGACUUCCAAAAAUGGGCCAAGGACGGUGCCCUGCCCAGCGGAGCGAAUGGUGGCGAGGCUGACGUUCCGAUGGCUGCCUAGUCAACAUGGUCUGGUCUUCCUCCUGUCUCUCUCGGCUCCCCUCCGCUUGGGUGCCGGCCUUUGGUGCUGUUCUUUGGGGCUGUCUCAUCAUUCCAUAUACCCGGUUGCGCCCUGCCAACGUUUCUCUUUUUGUCCCUUGGGUGGCUGCCGUAUGCAAGCUGUUUCCUCUCGAUCACGUCCGAUGCUGUCCCGUCAUCAUUGGGUAUCUCCACUUCUUGAUCACUUACUUGUCUUCACUGUCAUUUUAUCUAUUUCCUUUCACCCUCUUCCCCCCCCC